UAGAAGUUCCAACAUCAGUGCUGCUUGUUUGCCUUUUGCCUUAUGGCAUCUGUCUGAAGCAAUAAAAGGAGUACUAAUUGUUUGUCUCUAGUAGCCAGCCAGGUGGCUUUUUUAACUUUCUGUUCAGAUUUUUCACACCCAUUGUUAUGCCGGUCCACACAUUACAUCUAAAACAAUCGCUUUGAGGGCUGCUUCUGUUUUGCAGCCACCUUAAAGUUCUUAAUCAGAACUAUAAAAAGAAAUGAUAGCAAUAUAAGACAUUCCAGUUAACUGUGCCUUAGAGUCUCUAGCUAUAAAUACAAUAAAUGACUUCGUUUCUUUAGCAAUUGCAUCUUGAACUAAAAUGAUUUUAGUCACUCAUCAGAAUGGUGACUUUUAAAGUUGGAUAAUAGUGUUUAAUUGUAAAUCACAAAUGUUAGGAGGUGUAGUUUUCUUCAAAAUCAUUAUCUGUUGACAGAAAUGACUAGAUAUAUUCAGGCAAAUGCUAGGUAAUUUUGUGUAAAUAUAGCUUUUGGUUUAUUUCCCAUUUGUAUUGGAGCACAGCUCUUUGCUGGCGGUUAAAGAUUGUUUGUUUGUUUUUGUACGUUGGCACUGUAGUAGUUUAUGGGUAGAAGCACUCACUACUCCUGUCUCAUGCAAACCGAUGAUUUGAAGUUACAUUGUUAAUGGGCAGACGUGACUAUGGUCUUUUCUCCUUUAGCAUAAGGAAGCUAGAGAGAUCAGCAUGUCUAAAACCUGCUCGUUCAGAUUUCUGUUGACCUGGUCAAGCAUAAGGAAAUCUGUUCUUGUUUACAUACAUGAUUAUAAUCAGGCCUGUUUAUUUCAAAGCUGAAUUGGAAAAAUAGAGAAAAUUACCUAUCAUUCUCACUAUUGGUCAAGUAGAAUAUUAAUUGUAAACAUUUUAUAUAGGACCUUGGCUUUGCAUAGCAUGUUAGAUUAUGGCUAUGGUCAGCACUACAAUAUAGAGGUAUGAUUCCCCUGCUCAUGUACACACACAUGUAGCAGCUUGAUGAGAACUAAUGCAAGUAUAAAUAGCAGCGUAGCCAGGUAGCACAGGCAACAACAGCAGAGGCACAGCCAAGCUGGCAGGUACAUAUUCAGCACAGCUCAAUCGUGUCUCUGCUUCCUGUGUUACCCCAGCUAUACUGCUGUUUGUAGUCAUUCUAGCUCUCAUUGAUCUGUCGCGAGCAUGUGUGCACGAGCAGGGGAAUCCCUACCUCAGCGUGGACAUAUCCUCAGAGACAUGAUCCCUGCCUUGAACAGAUUCCAAUCCAGAUUAGGCAGACACAGUGAGUCACACUAGCAAGUGACACAUUCUGAUAUUUCUAAGUAGGUUGGGAGAGCAGACAGUUCAGGAGUGGAGGUAGAGAGUGGAAAAUAUGGCCAAAGUAGUGGGUUUUGAGGAGGCAUUUGAAGGAACUGAAGAUGCUUGGCUCCUUGGAAUGAUAUUACCCAUUCCAAUCUUGCUUGUUUUGUCUAAGUGUGGGAGAGCAGGAGAAAAGGAAAUGGCAAAGCUGAGAAAGAGGGUGGAGUCCUAAGGACUAGGUUGAGAGUGACAGGAGAGUGAGAUGCAGGCUGAGGAGAUGACGUGAGAUGUUUCAGGGAGGCCAGUGAUGGAGUGUCGUUUGUACUGGCUGAAAGAACAAUGGCGUGAUCCAGAAUAUUGGCAGUGAGGAUUGAAAGGGGGGGAUUACUUAAGAAAUGUACAGGAGCAAGAGGGCCUAACAAGUCUAAAAGUGAAAUAGAAAGGAAGGAAUUGGUGCCCUCGGGUUGCAUGUAUGACAAGGAAGAGUGGAUCAGAGUGUGGGGAUGGAGAAAGGAAUUGGAAGGAGGUGAAAUUCAGCUUUUUCCCAUGCUCAGGCAUUGGGAAACCUAUGAGGAGAUGGGAAUUGAUGGGACUGUUCUCAGUCGGUGGUGCUUUCAACUGUGCACAGACUACUUGACAUUCACAUUGCCCUUUACAGACUGUACAGUUCAUUAAAUGUAGCCAAUUGUGAAGUAAAAUGUGGUGGCUUUUAUGAGCCAGUAAUGUUAAACAGCCUUUAAGAGGGGAAGUGAAACACUUUAUGAUUGAAAUUUUAAGCCGAAUGUUAAUGCCCAGUUGUGAGCUUAACCCAGGUGUCUUGGUCACUGGUGGUGCUCUUGCAGGCAUAUGUAUCUUGGGAGCUCUAAUAGGAGGUCAAGGUCUUGCAUUUUAUCUGCUGGAAAGGAAUUGUAGAAAUAUGCUUUGUGCCCUGUUUUGUGUAUUUGAAAUGUGUUUAAAAAGUCUGCUUGUCUUUUACCUUAGAAAUAUCAGGAAUGUCUGGUCUUCCCUGGCUUUGAUGGAGGACCUCUUUGAGAGGGAGUUGAUCUCAGGAAUGUGUUUGAUCUUUUGCCCUUCAGAGAAAGGGUGGUGGCGGUGGUCACUCUGCAGCAAUGACAGCCGCUCUCCCGAAUGUUCAUUAGGCACUGCAGAUUAUCUUCCAUCACAGCAAGAUAUUCUGCUGGCACGAAGACCCACGAAAGGGAUUCAUGAGUACGACUUCGAAAUAAAAAAUGUUCCCUUCAAGAUGGUUGAUGUAGGUGGCCAAAGAUCAGAAAGGAAACGUUGGUUUGAGUGCUUCGACAGUGUCACAUCGAUACUUUUCCUGGUCUCCUCAAGUGAAUUCGACCAGGUGCUCAUGGAGGAUCGGCUAACAAAUCGCCUUACAGAAUCACUGAACAUUUUUGAAACAAUAGUCAACAACCGGGUUUUCAGCAACGUCUCCAUCAUUCUAUUUCUAAAUAAGACAGACUUGCUUGAGGAAAAAGUACAAAAAGUGAGCAUCAAAAACUAUUUCCCAGAGUUCGAAGGGGAUCCCCACUGCUUAACAGACGUCCAAAAAUUCCUGGUGGAUUGUUUUCGUACCAAACGCCGGGACCAACAGCAGAAGCCCCUAUACCACCACUUCACCACUGCUAUUAACACAGAAAACAUCCGGCUGGUUUUCCGUGACGUCAAGGAUACCAUUCUUCACGACAACCUCAAGCAGCUUAUGCUACAGUGAUGUGCAAAAAGACAUAUUUUUAUUUGAAUACCUUUUGUGUUUUUAAAAUUGUGGUUUACAACAGGAGAAGAAAAAUCCAGGUCCUGUCAGACUUCUUGAUGUGUGGCUGAAAGGUGCUGCUGAGCACAUUAUUGCCAAUUUCUGCUGAAAUUGAGGCUUUAAUCUCUUCCACUGUAGCUUUGAGUUGACUCAGUUAUAAUUUUAUAGCAAACCUAAGUCCAAAUAACCUGUAAGGUGACUAAACUUGACCUCUAGUGCUUGUAUGUUGCAAAAAGUCUAUCUAGAAAACACACUCCACCAUCAAAAAUCCAAGUCCAGACUUCAGUGUAACAUUCAUCGGAAUUACGUUAGACUUGUAGUAGUAGUUUUUUAAAGCUGUUCCUUUUCACCUCUUCCUUAAAACUAUAAUGAAGACUGUGAUAAUAUAGCUGACUUUGAUUUCUCAGGUCUUUCAUUGGAUAGAUAUUCCAUAAAUUUCUUGUUGGAAUCAUUUAGAAGCUAGGAUACUUGGUAAUAAAGCCUUUCCUGCCUUAAAUAUAAAGUUUUGCAUGGGUUUUUGACUGUAGGGUAUGCUUUAGGUCAGGAAAUACAGAAAAGCUGGGAACGGUCAGCAUUAAUACCUUCUGCCAGAAAUGUGUAAAGACUAAUAUGAUCAAGAACUAGUAAAUGACACAGUUCAGUCUAAACUUCAUUUUUAUUGCAUAUUUUAAGUACUCCGCUUGUUAGAGCUAUAACAGAGCACUAUGAUCUGAAAUGCUGAUAUGUGGGAAGAAGCAAACUACACUUUAGAAUCUGUAUUCUCAGUUUGUCAUUGUGCUGAAUAGCUUACAUCCAGGUACCUUGCCCCAGAGUUUAGGCUGAUUUGUUGUGCUUUUGUAUCUUUUCACCAUAACUUUUACAGUGUGCCUAGUCCCACAUCAACAAGCAUUCACUAAUGCACAGAAGUAUUUGCAAACAUAAGUGCCUCCAGUCUUCUUUCCUUCUGCAGUGUUUUCAGUGGCCUUACAUGAAGACAAAUUCCCCAGACAAUGGCCUUAUGCAGAUAUGGGUAAAUAGGCCAAACACCACUAAGCCAAAAGUCUGUACAGUAAGAUGAGCAUAACAUGUUACAGUACUUAAAUGCUAAAGUCUGAAAACUUCAGAGAAUCUGUCAGAAUCAGGUCUAAAAUCCCUAAGAACCAUAAGAAUGGCCAUACUGGGUCAGACCAAUUGUCCAUCUAGCCCAAUAUCCAGUCUUUUGGCAGUGGCCAGUACCAGAUGCUUCAUAGGGGAUGAACAGAACAGGGCAAUUUAUUGAAUGAUUCAUCCACUGUUGUCCAGUCCCAGCUUCUGGCAGUCAGAGGUUUAGGAACAUCCCUGAUAGUCUUGGCUAAUAGCCAUUGAUGGACCUAUACUCCAGGACCUUACCCAGUUCUUUUUAUAAUGCAGUUAUACUUUUGGCCUUCACAACAUCCAGUGGCAACAGGUUCUACAGGUUGACUGGGUUGUGUGAAGAAGUACUUCCUUAUGUUUGUUUAAAACCUGCUGCCUGUAAUUUCAUUGGGUGACGCCUGGUUCUUGUAUUGUGUAAAUUACACUUGUUCAUGAUUUUAUAGAGCUCUAUCAUUCCCUUCUCUCCCCCUCCUCCACUGUCUCCUUUUGAAGCUGAACAGUCUAUCUUUAAUCUCUCCUCAUACGGAAGCUGUUCAAUACACCAGUCAUUUUUGUUGCUCUUCUUUGUACUUUUUCCAAUUUUAAUCUUUCUGGAGAUGAGACAACCAGAAUGGACAUACUAUUCAAGAUGUGGUCUUACCAUGGAUUUACGUAGUAACAUUGAUAUUUUCUGACUUCUGUCCCUUUCCAACUGGUUCGACUGCCACUGCACGUUGAGCUGAUAUUUUCAGAAUACUACCCACAGUGACGCCAAGAUCUUUCAUGAGUAGUAACAGUUAAUGUAGAACCUCUCAUUUUAUGUGAAUAUUUGUCAUUGUUUUCCAGUGUCCAUUACUUUGCAUCUGUCGUUCUGUUGCACAAUCACCCAGUUUUGAGAGAUUCCUUCAUAACUCUUAGUUAAGUCCAAAGCUGACUGCUAUCUUGAGUAAUUUUGUAUUAUCCUAGCAGUCAGCUUUGGACUUAAUUAUCUUGAGUAAAUUUUGUAUCAUCUGCAAACUGUCUCCCCUCUGUUUACCUCUUUUUUUCCAGAUUACUUGAAUAUGUUAAACAGCACAGGUCCUUGAGGGACCCAGCUAUUUACCUCUCUCCACUCUGAAAACUGAACAUUUAUUCCUGCCCUUUGUUUCCUGAUCCAUGAGAGGAGCUUCCAUCUUAUCCCAAAGUAUGACUGCUUACUUUAAGAGCCUUUGGUGUGAGACCUUGUCAAAGACUUUCUAGAAGUCCAAGUAUACCGUAUCUAUUUAAUCACCCUUGUCCAUAUGUUUCACCUCCUCAAAGAAUUCUAAUAGAUUGGUGAAGCAUGAUUUCCUUUUACAAAAACAGUGACUCUUCCCCAUCAUACAUUCAUCUAUGCAUUUGAUAAUUCUGUUCUUUACUGUAAUUUCAACUAGUUUGCCUGGUACUGAAGUUAGGCUGGCAGGCCUGUAAUUGCCAGGAAUACUUAUGGAUCCUUUUUUUUUUUUAAAAAUCAGCAUUACAUUAGUUAUUCGCCAGUCAUAUGAUACAAAGGCUGAUUUAAGCAGUUCGUUUUGUACCACAGUUAGUGGUUCUGCUAUUUCAUAUUCGAGUUCUUUCACAACUCUUGGGUGAAUACCAUCUGGUCCUGGUGACCUAUUACUGUUUAGCUUAUCAGUUUGUUCCAAAGCCGCCUCUAAUGACACUUCAGUCUCUGAUAGUUGCUCAGAUUUGUCACCUAAAAAGAAUGGCUCAGGUGUGGAAAUCUCUCAUCCUCUGCAGUGAAGACAGAUGCAUUUAGUUUCUCUGCAACUGCCUUGUCUUCCUUGAAUGUGCCUUUAGCACCUCGAUUGUACAGUGGCCCCUCCUGAUUGUUUGACAGGUUUCCUGCUUCUGAUGUACUGAAAAAAAUUUUGCUGUUAGUUUGUCUUUUGCUCAGUGCUCUUUAAAUUCUUUUUUUGGCCUGCCUAGUUAUACUUGUCCACUAGACUUGCCAAAGUUUGUGUUCCUUUCUAUUGUCCUCAGUAGGACAUGACUCCAAUUUUUAAAGGAUGCCUUUUUAUCCAACUGCCUUACUUAUUCUGUUUAAGCCAUGGUGACGUUUUUUGAUCCUCUUAGUAUUUUUUUUUUAUCGUAAGAAUACGUGAGCCAAACAUGCUACAUAAGGUUUUCUAGAGAUGCCAUUUCUCCCCAGUUUUAUUCUGCCCAAAGUUCCAUUACAACUAACUCUUGUGGAGUUUCACUUUGGUUGCGGGGCAAAAUAUACUUUUGGCUGAAACUUUGUAUGCCAAAGAGCAUGUUAUGAAAUAAAGCUUGGCCAGUUGGUGUUUUAAAGAUAUAAGUCCAGGUCACUACUGCACAAAUCAAGUAGUUCUGUUUACCCCUGCCAGUGUUCUGUUUUGCUACUUGGCCCAUAGAACAAGUUAAUUUUUGUGGUGGGAGAGCAAUUUUUUAAAGAUGGGUUUUAUCAUAGAUGCACUGCAUGUGCGGCAGUGGUUUGACAUGUUCUAGUUGUUUAAAACAGUCUGCAUUGAAGAUGAGAUCGUUUUGGUAGGAGUCAGGGAAGCUUGGGCUCUGUUGGCAACUCUGCCUCUGACUUCCUGUGACUAUCAUUUAAACUUCUCUGUACCUCAUUCUCUCAUCAGUAACAUGGGAAUAGUGCUUACUCACCACCGUAAAGUGCUUAGAAAGCUGUGGAUGCAGUGCUAAAGAAAUGCAAAAUACUUAUUAAACUAAGGAUUUAUAUUUUGGUUUAGACUGACACUUAUUAAAAAAAUUGAAACACUGAAAUUUCACAUCACAGGAUCUGUUUGUUAAAAUUGAUACCCAUGCAGGAAUAGCACCUGUCUCUCAGUAGUGGCAGGCACCCACAAGUGCAGCUGAAGUCAAUGGGAGGUGAAUGUUAAGGAUAAAGUCAAGUCCCAAAGCCUUGAUUAAGUAAGUGUUUCUGAAGAGUCCCUAACAAUGAGUAAAUCUGCUUUUCAAAAUGCUUCCAUGCGCCUUGGACUAAUCCAAAAUACAUGUUACUUUGUUUUGGUUAAGUGUCAUGUCUGUUCUUCCCAGAAAGGUCUUGUUUUCUUAACUAGAGUUCUAGCCACUCUCUCUCCUUGGAUCACUCAGCCUUAAACUUUGACAUCAAGAAAGGGUAGGAAAUUUAGUGUGUGAAAUUUCUCUCCAUCUGAAACUUGCACUCAGACUAAUUCCAUCUAAGACAAUUGUAUUGAGGUAAAUCAUUGAUGGUAUUAUUCCCCCCCCCCCCCCCCCGCCACACACACACACUUCCCCCCUCCCUGAAAACUUACCUUGAAACAUUGUAUAUUUGUUCCUGUGUGACAGUCUGGCUCAAAACUACUGGGCAUUUCCAUCUUCUUUGUACCUAUUAUUUGCAGACACACUGAAAGAGAGCACCAGUUAGGCUGCUUUAUUUCUUUUGGGAUUUGUUACUGGAUGCAUUUUUUUUGGAAAUAAUUUGGAUGCAAGGUGUAGUAAUUUAAUAUUGCUGAACAGAGACUGACCAUAUAUGUACUGAAGCUAAAGCAAAUGUGUGAUCAAAAUCAAACUAAUAAAAGUGAAGACUGAGUGUAAACCAGUAAGUAUGGUACAAAGUCAGGACUUAAAUUUCCAGUAGAAGUGGAAAUGCAGGAAAAAUCCUAAGACUUUAAUUAAAAAAAGCUACUUUUAACAGGACUAAUUUUCCAAGGAUCAUUAGCUUCACUGAAUGAUCAGUAAUUGUAUUGAGCUAUGAUUUCUAUAUACCACUGUCUUGUACAGUGUGUACUUGAAGGUGAAAAUAGCAUUUUAGCAAACGUUCCUUGUUGCAUUGUUUAAAUUUGUUUGAUACCUGAAAAUAAAUGGUGGCUGUUCACCAGGUCUCAAAAAAAUCCACUUACCAAUGGUGCAGGUCCCCACAUUUCUCAGGAGGAAUAGGCCAUCAGUUCCUGCCCAAUGUAAGCUCUCAUUUUUAAAAAGAAAAUUCUGGCCCCUCUCAUCUUUCAGAGAGGCCUCUGGCUAAUAGGCUUAGUCCUUUGGCUAAUAAGUGUCUGGUAAAGGGUUUUUAAUCCUGCCAUCCAGGAUUCUAGCAAACCUAAAAUGCUUUGAGCAUGUCUGUAGUAUUCCUGACUCUUGGCUAAUACUGAGUCAGUAUUUCGAACUCCGCAUAACUUCAGCAGAAACUUUUUAACUAAUGGGCUUUUAUUCUAUCCUGCUGCUAAUGUAAGUAAAACUUUAAAAAAACAAAACAAAAAACCACCUGAUAGUUCUGAACACAGCACUGUUUGAGAUAUGGCACUAUAAGUUUAUAAGCAAGUUGCCACUUAAAGGGGUGCACACAACUGUCGCAGUCUUCAACUUUCCUGCUGGUUGCCAAGCUAGUCAAGAAUCUCUAGGCAUUUAUCUUUAAAGAUGGUUGCAGAAGUUGUUUUCCAACAGCAGCAUUUCCUGUUUCAGAAUAAUCAGUGUUUCAUGCUAAAAUAGUCACAAGAUGACUUUUUGGGUCUUUCUGUAUUUGAUGGUACCAUGAUGUAGAUGAAUCUAAGUUUUGUUUUUUUUAAUUACACAGCAUUGCAAUACAGUGCCAUUUGCAAUUUUCUUUGCCUUGAACUUGACAACAAAUAAUUGAAUUGCAGAAUAUUUAAAACUGCUUUCCUGUGCUUUCAAUAGCAGAGAGAGCUUACCUUCCAUGAAGCCUUAUGAAAAAAUAUUUGUAACAAGCUCAUAGAUCCUUUAUCUAACAAUCAAGAUUUGUAUUAGCUUUGUAUAAAUGUUUGUGGCUUACCAUUUUUAUAUGUGUAUCUUUUAUAACUUUCCAGGGGCUAGCCAGCAUCUUUUAUAUUGUACAUUGCUCUCCUUGCUUUAGUUCAGAAUUGGCAAUAAAUUAUUUCUAAAGAAGGUUUUAAAGAAAAAACAUCACUUGCUUUUAUAAAAUGGUUAAAUUACUAAUAGAUUAAAGCCUCUUACAUUCAGUUGUAGAUUGCUCUGUACAUACUCUGCAAGUGUUGUCUUUCAGCUAUUAAUAUUUGCCUUGUGUUUAAAAAAAAAAUUACUGACGAUAAAUAAACAUAUACAGCCUCA